AUGUAUUUAGCUCGCGAUAUGUGGAAAAAAAAGUAUUUCAAUGAAAAAAAGAAGUCACCACCACUUGAAGAACGUGUUCAACAGCUACAAACUGAUCUAGAUCAAAUACAAAAAAAAACAGUCGUAACGAUGGAUCAGGAAUCAAAACAUGCUGCACAAACUGGUUACUUGAAAGAAUCCGAAAUUGGGAGUAUUCGUGUUCAAUUUACAAGAAUGCAACAUGAUAUCCAAGAUAUACGGCAUCAAGUUGAACAAGCAAAAUUAAGGUUGACAACGGACGUUAAGUUGCGAAAUCAAGCUGAAAAUGAAUGUCGUUCAUUAAGACAUGAAUUAAAUCAAGCAAAGAUGAAUCUGAAUCACAUUAAAAACAAGGUGAUGGUUCAUUGAAACAAACAAAAUAUUUAAUCCUAGCGAAAAUGCUAAUUUUUGUAUAUUUUUUGAAUAAAUAAUACUUUUUGUUAAGCUGAAGUGAUAAUCACGUAAGUUCCAGGAUACAUGUAGUUGAAUAUCUUUAGAACGUGACAUAUUUAUAUUCGGAUAUAUACUGAAGUCCGCUCUGUUCCUUCGAGAAAGACAGAAUUAAGCCACGACUUAGCCCACACCGUGUGACGAUGAUAUUAUUCAUAUUUUCAUCGAACAAAAGACUGAUAACAUUCACACGAUGAGAAUAGAGCACAAUAUCACUGGCCACUGCACAUAUUCUGCUUCUCUCGAUUAAGUAUUUCCUUUCAUUCUACCAGAAAUUCGUUUCGUUUAAACCUUUUAUUUGAAAAUUAAAAUGAAAAAAGAAUCAGCAUCAGCGGCCGAAGCCACGAACACGAAAUAACAAAAGAAGAAAAAAUUAAAAGAGAGAAGAAAGUCAUAACAAGAAUAAACAUGAGGUCAUAAUCGAAAAGGCUAAAAAAAAAAAGAAAGAAAAGGGGUUAGUAGGAGAGGGUGGCGGACUGAGGGUUAAAAGGGGAUUGGAUUCACUUAAGGCAAUAACUUUUAACCAAUUCAUUUCAUCAAAAAUAUUAGCGAGAGUUUAACUCAUAAAACGCCACGUCAAGAGAAUGUAUUUAUUGACGGCAUUAAAAAUCGCUUUCUGUACGUCCAUCUCCCUCUCCUUGUCUUCCAGCAACAAGGUCUUAGUCUUAACCGUAGCCAAAAAGUGCAGUUCUAACAGCAUGUUAGUCCGGGCUACAGUAUAUCUCUUACAAUCAAAAAAAUAGUGAGUUAGCGUCUCUUCUACAUGACAUA